AUGCUAUUCGUCGCGCUCGCAUCUGCAGCUGCACCUCUCGCCUUCGCCCCCGACUGUCCUGCGCACGGUGCGCUGCACCGAGCCAUGUCGACCACCCAAGCCAAUGCAGUGCCGGACACGCAAUUAGGGUUGAGCUAUGAAGAGAUACAGCUACUGCGUCAAGGACAAGCGGCAUUGGGCCAGGGGACAGGCGGAGGCGGCUCGAAUUCGUCGCGAGCAGCAAGUCGCGCGUCAAGCCAAGGACUGCUGCUGCUGGACAGCACCUCAUUGGCAGCUCUAGGACGGUACUUUGACCGGGUCAUGAACCAGAUCGAACAACAGAUCAUUUACCUUAGCGAACAAAGCCAAAUGUUUACCAUGGCCCAAUUUGACCGAGCUGGCAACCUGAUCGAGGGUGCUGACGCCGAGAUCCAGCGGUAUCACGAGCUUCUCCGGCAACUUGACGAGUUGGAACUCGACUUUGAUCGAAUAAGGCAUAUCAAAGAGAUUGUACGAGGGUACAGAUCACGAGUCGAAGAGAUGGAGCGUGAACUGGAACGGAGUGGCUCAUCCUCCCGGCACAGAGAAGGCCACCACUCUCACAGGCAUGGUCACUCGCAUAGCCACCGGCACGGACACGAGAGUUCUCGUCGACACCGACACUAA